UCAAUAAAUUAGCUUUUUGUUAUAGAUUGAUGGCGAUUUCUUAUUUUAUUAAAUAAAACUUGUUGUGCUAAUAUAUUUAUCGACCUAAAUUGCCUACAAUGCAUUAUAAUAUAUAAAAACAAUGAACGAUAGUACAGCGGAAUGCUCAGAAACGCUAGAUCCUCGAGUGCAGAUCGAGUUGGAGCGCCUGAACACAGCCACAGAUGAGAUAAACCGGCUGGAGGUAGAGUUGGACGAGGCUCGGCUCGCCUUCCGCCGGCUGCUCGCCGAGGGCCACAUCCGGAUCCAGCAGCUCACCAAGAAACUCGGCACCAGCGUGCACAAGGCGCGACCCUAUUAUGAAGCCAGAUUCAGAGCUAAUAUCACAUCCCAAGAGCUCCAUGCGGCGAACCUCGCUUACGACAAAGCGAACAGCGCGCACGCGGCCGCGCGCGAGAUGGUGUACCUGGCGGAGCAGGGCCUGGCGCGGCUCGCGGACGGCUCCACCGGCCUCACGCUCGACCCCGCCUGGCAGGAGAUGCUCAACCACGCCACGCACCGCGUCAACCAGGCGGAGGCAGACCGCGCGGCGGCGACGGUGACGCAGCGUAACAAGGCGGCGACGCACCGCGCGGCCGCCACGCUCGUGCAGCAACUGCAGAACUCCCUCAAGCGGCAUAUAGCCAAGUCCAGGCCAUACUUUGAGGAGAAGGCGCGUAUAAACACGGCGCUGGAGGCCCAGAAGGCGCGGAUCCAGACUCUGGAGGGACAGGUCGCCGACGCCAAGCUCAAGUACUCGCAGGCGCUGCGCAACCUCGAGCGAAUAUCGGACGAGAUACACAAGCACCGCUCCCGACGACACUCCGCUAGGAACAAUGACAUAGACCGGUCGACAAUAACGGACACGGCGAGCGAGUCCAACGCCAGCUCCACGCUGGAGGAGCUGUGCUCGCACACCGACGACAACGUACGGGAGUGGCUGCGCCGCGCCGACCGUCCCGACCCCGACACCUGGACCGAGAUCGACCUGGACUACUCCAGCCCCGAGGAGAUAAGCUUCGAGAAAUGCUCGUUACGGCCGCGGUCGUCGCCGGAGCAGGACUCUCCUCCCAGCCCGAUGGAGUCGCGCGUGUCGGCCGCCUCGCCGCGCCGCAUCAUCCGGCCGGCGGGCACGGGGGGCGGGGCCGGCGACAGGGGGGCGGCGCUGCGGGCGGAGCUCGAGCGCGGCCGCCGACAGAGUCUAGAUGCGCUGCUGCACGACACCGGCGAGAAGGUCAAGGAGAUGUUUCAGGGUCUGUCGCUGUUCGGCGAGCGGCGCGGCUCGGGCACGGGGUCUGCGCCGCGCACGCCGCGCGCGCGCCGCUCGCCCUCACGCGCGGCCUCCUCCGCCAGCGACGAGCGCGCCUCCGACACCGACAGCCGCGCCAGCGUGGAGAUGUUGACGGACGAGCAGAUCGCGUCGCUGAUGUUGGACGCACAGCUGGAGGCGGUGUGCGAGCGGCUGGCGGGCGUCCCCCGCCGCUCCCCGCACUCGCCCCAGCAGCCCGACGCGCGAUACUGAGCCCUAGCGCCCGGUGAUACGGUUAAAGGUAUGUUGACUGGAUCUCAGCUAGCAUCGUUGGUGACAAGCCGAGCUCGGUGCUACAAGGAAAAGAGUACAAAAUACGCUUCGCAGGUUAAAGAUAAGUUGGAGAUGACAUCCUACAUGAUUAGACCCGGAACUAGAAUAAUAUCGCACAAAUACGCUGUCCUUAAGUCAAUUAUAAAUGUUGAUUGGCUUGUUGUUUAAGCUAUACUCACGCUUACUCGUUAUUAGGAUGUUGACGUGUACAAUAAGUUAGAAAAUGCAAUAAAAUGAGUGGAGGUUAUGUGGAAGCGCCAUCUAGUGAACUAACUCGUCACUGAAGCGGGCUGAUUCAUAAAUCCUGGUCGACCAGGAUUUGUGAAUCAGUCCGCUAUAUGACUCAUAUCGGUUGAUUUGGAACUAACUGCGUCAUCAUUGAUCAACGACUAUCAAGACGAGCUCUCAUUGGCCGUCGCGCGGUGAAGUUGGCAAAUUAGAGUGGAAUCACGAAUUGUGAAUAAGGCUCUAGAUGGCUAUUAAUCUUGCCUUUAUGAUUAACGCGGGUAGAGUAAGGCAAAAAGGCGACCUAAUCAUAGUUCUUAAGUGAUGUGUUUAAAAAAAUAUAUAAACAAUAAUACUAUCGUAUUACAUUUCUAGCGGAAACAUUUCAAGGAUUCCUAAUAUCCAUUAGGUAGAGUAAGAGUGUUGCAAUAUCAGUUAUAGCAAUAACUACUUGUGCUUAGGAAAUAAACUCAUUUAUAAGAUUUAUUCUGUUGAAGGUAUUUUAGUUCACAUUGCUCGAUUCGAAGAAAUUCGAAUAGUGAGACACUGUGGUACUCGCACAGCAAAAUAAUUCUGUCUCGUUCUAACGCGUUACUUUAAAAGUUAACAUCGUUCUCAUCAUCACAAUAGAGACAAGAGCCAUGUAAAAAUGCCUGCACACCAUUCUGUACUGAUUGUAGACCGAACUUCACAGUUCACAUCAAUCCGCCUAGUUGAGUACUUUAAUCUUUAAUCACAAAAGUCACUAUAAGUUAUUGUUGCUUCCACAAAACGACAUACUACACACUUCAGUAUAUUAUAGUAUAGUGCUAUACUACGAAAUUAUAUUUUAACAUGACUAGUAAAUUUAUUUUAUUAUAUAAUACACAAAUACUAGCAAGUUAUAUAGU